GUAAAUGGAGUAUGCAGAUGUCAUUGUUUCUUCCUUACACAGUGAACGUUUGUGAAGGAGUUCGUCAGCUGUCUUUCUUUCCCUUUGUUUAGAUAAAGUCAUGAGUUGUGCAGAUUCUAACCCGGCUGCCAUACCAACUCCUUGCGUGGACAUUCAGGGAGAUGGUCGGUGGAUGUCUUUGCAUAAUCGCUUUGUGUCAGACAGUAAGGACAAGGAGCCUGAUGUCCUCUUUGUUGGAGAUUCCCUGGUUCAGCUUUUACAGCAGUUUGAGGUUUGGCGAGACCUGUUUUCUCCACUCCAUGCUCUGAAUUUCGGAGUGGGUGGUGAUGCCACACAGCAUGUCCUUUGGAGAUUAAGCAACGGAGAGCUUGACCAUAUCAGCCCAAAGGUGGUGGUGCUGUGGGUGGGCACUAAUAACCAUGGUCACACACCAGAGCAGAUCUGUGAAGGCAUCAUUGCUAUUGCACGACUUAUAAGCAACAAGCUUCUCCAUGCUCACACUAUAAUUCUGGGCUUGCUACCUAGGGGUGAGAACCCCAACACUCUCCGUGAGAGGAAUGCAAAGGUCAACGAGCUGCUCCAGCAGGCUGUGCCCUCUCUGCCCCGUGCCUCCUACCUCUCUGUGAAUCGUGGCUUUGUGCAGCCCGAUGGCAAGAUAUCUCACCAGGACAUGUACGACUACCUGCACUUGACCCCUCAGGGCUACCACAACGUGUGCAAGCCAGUGCAUGAUGCCAUCACUCAUCUUCUGGAGAAGCGGGGAGAGAACUGAAAACCAUGUUCUGUGCCUUGGCCCCUUAUUUUCAUGCCAACAGAUGAUAUACAUUACUGGGGGAGUUCAGUCUGAUCUACCUAUGGGUUAUGGCUUUAAAACACUACCCUCACUGUUUAGGUUUAAAUGUAAUGUAUUGCAGUAAAAAUGAGAUGCAUUCUGACUGUA